CACUCAUUAGAGCAUGCAAAAGGUUUGAGGCUAGAGUAGGCUUAAUGCCUUAUGAAAAAUAAGCAUGGAGCUAUUUCAACUAGGGUAAGCAGUGUAUUUAUGCCUCUAUGACCUGCCUCUGCUGUCAUUACAAAUCUAUUAUCAUCAUGUGCGCUCAUAAACAUAUUAAUUUAUAAACAUUGUUACUGCACUUACACAACAAUGUUACACAUAGUGUACCUUACAAACAAACACUAAUCAACUAGUUGACCAAUAGAAAUGCUGUCUUUUAUUAACAGCAAUUACAGUCAAACGGCAAUUAAAUGCAAGGACUCAAAUAUAAUACUCAUUCCAUAGUGCAAAUCAGUAAACACUGAAACACUAUCAACAAACAUUUCAGCAGUUUAUCUGCUAAGAUUUUCGUUACAUUAUCUUUUAUAUACUUGAUAACACACGUUUAUCUAUUAUUAUCAAAAAAAAGUUUAUAAUUCUGCACAUAAUUUGAAGCAGUGUCGGAUUACAUUUGAUUAUUAUUAUUAAAGAUGGGUAAACAACUGAAAUGGGGUAUAGCCGGUGUGGGUAUGAUCGCACAUGACUUCUUGACGGCGAUGGCUUCCCUGCCGGCGGAGCAGCACAAGGUCGUCGCCAUCGCUGGCAAAGACCUAGAUCGUGUUCACAGAUUAGCCACGCUCCACAACGUAAGCACAGCGUACGAAGGCUAUGAUUCGAUCGCUCACGAUGCCAACGUAGACAUUGUUUUCGUCAGCGUACUUAAUUUACAGCAUUUCGAAAUAACUAAAUUAAUGUUAGAAAAUGGUAAACACGUGCUAUGUGAAAAGCCAAUGGGCAUGACGUACAAACAGACAAAAUCUCUGGUGGAUUUGGCUCGCGAAAAGAGACUCUUUCUGCUUGAGGGAAUGUGGUCGAGGUUCUUUCCCGCUUACGACGCCUUAGACAAGCAUAUAGCGAGUGGUGGGCUUGGCGACAUUUAUCAAAUAAACAUACAAUUCGGGGUGGAAAUAAACGACAUAGAGAGGAACUUAAUGAAAGAUUUGGGCGGCGGCGCAGUACUAGACUUAGGCAUUUACAUGUUGCAACUCCUCCAAUUUGUAUACAAGGAGGCGCCGACUGACAUCAUGUGCACGGGGCACUUGAGCAAGACGGGCGUGGACGAGUCGGUGUCGUGUGCGCUGAAGUAUAAAGACGGCAGGACGGCCACCAUCGCUGCACACACGCGAGCUACUAUGCCUAAUAAGGCAGAAAUAACUGGGACCAAAGGCACAGUUUCGUUGGACUACUUUUGGUGUCCGACCGUGUUGCACAUAUCGGCCGCCAACAGCACGGAGUGGACGCUACCCAAGGGCAAAUAUAAGUUCCAUUUCCACAACAGCGCAGGCCUGAGCUAUGAGAUACAGGAGUGCUGGGACUGUAUUAAUCAGGGAUUAUUGGAAAGUCCGAAAAUGAGCUUAGACGAAAGCGUUCUCCUAUCGAAGCUCAGUGAUACCAUGAGAGCGCAACUAGAUGUACUCGAUAAUGUACUUUAACCACCGGAUAUACAGUUCAAAGUUUAAUAAGCCAGUAUAGUAUUAGCCUAGGUUAAGUAGAUACAAAUUACAAUACACGAACAAAAUGUCGGCAUAAUAUUUUUGGAUCCAACAAUAUUUUUUCCGUACAAAACCUAUAGUAUUUACCUCAACCAACUGUGAUGAAAGUAUGUUGUGACACGUAUUGUAAAUUAUUAUAAGUACAUUUUAAAAAUAUAUACGCUAAUUUAUUGUACCCAC